CGAUGCGUGGUUGGUCUAGAAAGAUCUUUAUGACAAUUUCAUCUUGCAUUCCCGCGAUAAUUCAUGACCACAACAAAGAAUCAAUGCAAUUUUCAAUGUGAAAUAACAUUCUGAAAAAUGGUAUCCUUAGAAGAAAAAUCUGCUAACCAAUUUAUCUCAGCUUUAGUGAAAAAUUUACAAGCGGUUUGUCAUGGAAAUGUAGAUUUUGAUAAAAAUGUGAAAGUUGUGGGUCAUUUAUUUCUAACAGUUGACAGUGCAACAGAAUUUAAUUAUAUUGUGAAUGAAAAAGUUUCUAAAAGUGAUGAAUCUUCAACAACAUUUAUCAGUAAAAGUUUCUAUGCUACUGAUCCACAACAAAAAACACCAAAGAAAAAUUUAGACAGACCACUUCCUCCCCCCACCCCAAAUGUUUUGGGUAAAACUCGUUAUGACAUUAGUGUGGACUUGACAGAUGAACCUGGGGGAGGAAGACCCACAAUGCAUCAAAGAGGUCAGUUUUCACGACCUCAAGGUUACCCAGGUUCACUAAAUCGAAAUCCUCAAAUGAGAAGAAGACCCUUUGAUCAAAAUAGACUUCCUCCUCAUCAAAUGGCUAAAAUGCCUCGUUUUUCAUCACCUCAGCGCCAAUCCAUGAAUUUAUCAUCAUUAUCACCACGAAAAAUACCAACAUCACCAUCACAAAGAUUAAAUGCAACAUCAACAAUAACAUCUCCGUCCAUUCCUAUUCCUGUUGAUCCAGCAUCAGUAUCAGCAACACCAGCUCAUUCUUUACCUGGUGCUGAUAAACCAGAAUCAGAUUCUACUGGUAAUAUUACUGAUACAACAGAUAAACCUGAUAUUAAAUUUGAAGUUAUUAAAGUAGAAAAUGGUAGUGUUGUAGCUAGUAAUAAAAAUAAAACAGAAGGAGAUGAUGGUCAACUAAAAAUAGAAUCUGUCACUAGUCAUGAUUUAUCAAUAGAUACAGCGUCAACCGGUGAAAAAGACUCAGAAAAUAUCGCAGAAGGUGAUUCUAGUCAAAAUGAACAACCACCAGAUAUUGAAACGGAUAAACAAACUUCUGACACUGAAAAUAAUACAGCGGAAAUGGAAACUGAUGCAAGUUCAUCAGAAAUAUUACCUUCAUCAUUAGACACAAGUGCCCAGGAUGAGCCUUCAAAUAAAAAUAGUUCUCCCUUCACCCCAUCAAAAUCUAGAGCACCAUCGGAACCUGAUGUUAUAGAAAUUGAUUUAACUUCAGUAAAAGAUGAAGUAGACAGCGUACUAGAUUCUGAAUCUAAUUAUGGUGUGAUGGAGCCAGCAGUUAGUUUUCAGCGUCCUUCUUUUG